AUGCCCGCUUUGGAUACUACCGACCUGCCCAAAACCCCGCAACCAGCGGAUCCCAAGCGAUCGGAAGAUCCAUCUGCGGAGCGCUCAGCUGCCAGGGCUAGCAACGAUAAAGACCUGAUCAAGACUGCGAGGUUGGUGACCAUCAGCAGCCCCGUGGCGGGUGCGAAGAACGGUAGCUCUGAUAGUCUUGUCUCGAGCCGGAGCAGCAAUUCUCGACCCUCUUCGUCUGCCCACCGUAACAACGUUCCGACCCCGACCGGAAACCCCGCCCAGCUCUCUGAGUCCUCAGACCAAAGCUCCACGAACCCAGACUCUCCCAAGCUUGUCAACAUCCCACCUAGGAGCUCAUCCUCCGAUGCUGCCAAGCGGAUUGCCAAUCCGUCGCCGCUAUCAAAGCCGGUGACAAUGGAAACCGAGAAGGGAUCCAAGGGAUCGAAGGGCUCCGCAGCUGCCACCACCAAGCCAGAGGCCCAAACUGGUGCUGCCGAGCCGUCGUCGAGCACUGGGUUUGAUAGCCCUGCUGUCAAGCAACUGGCUGCCAUCAACCAGAAAGGGGGCAAACUGAAGAGCAAGACCUCGAGACUCCGCCGAGCCUUGUCCUUUGGAAGUGCUGCUGAGCUGAGGCGGGCCGGGGCCGGGGAUGCGGGCAAGGACAACGGCGGGUCCUCGGAGGCGACGACAACGCAGCAGAACCCACCUGCUGAUGGACUCGACGCGGAGCAGGCCCGCAUCGCUGAACUACAGGAGGCGGCGGGCAUCGGCAGUAAUAUCUAUGCUGGCUCGAGGCUAUUCUCGGGCUCCACUGAUAACCUGUCGAUUUCCUCCACGGCCUCGUCGGCAUCGAUCAUGAUCCGAAAGAUGGGACGUGGGAUGAAGAAAGGCGGACGCUCCCUGGCUGGCCUGUUUCGGCCGAAGUCCACCAUCGGUGUACCCACAGCGGAAAUGCCGGAAGGGAGCCAGGCCGCCGUGACCAUGGUGACGGUUGAGGCGGAAAGGGAACGUGUCAACGUCAACCCUGAUCCAAAUCCCAACAACGGCGGCGGUACUGGUUUUCCACGCCUGGAGCGAAAUUCCAUGGACGCCACCAAUGCCGCCGAUGGGAUGACUCCCGAGAGAGCCGGCAGUUCAGGAACAGACAACUCCAAUUCGCGGAAGAGCAUCGUCGGUGGGGACAGGGAGCGAGCCGAAGUGCUGGCCGCUGUACGGAAAGGCAUUCUGAAACACAACGGCGCUUCCACUCCUUCGCCCCGAGUCGAGAGGGGUCCCCUCUUUGAUUUGCCUGCGGUCCCUCACGUCGCCGACUCUCCAAACUCGAGUGCUCCUAGCACCCCCAAUGACGAAGCCAAUCACAACCGGAGUGGGUCCGUCACAAUUGGCAGCGAGGACUACUUCAUGACAGCCCUACGGCUGCGUCAAGAGACCAGAAGCGCUCCAGGCACACCGCAAGGUGGGCAGAGUAAGCGGAACGCGACGUUCAGCCCUCGUAUUGUCUUCCACGACACAUGGCCAAGCCAGGAGUACGACCGUCGCUCUGAGAUUGCAACGUGCAACCGCCUCACACCCAUGCUAGCGCAGCAGAUCAAGGAGGAGCUCAACAACUUCAAGAUGGAGAUGGAAGUGCAUGAGAGCUCCAAGAUCUACACGCACUUCUUCUGA